AUGAGACUCUUUAUUGUUAGCACAGCUCGCGACUUGGGCUUAAGAGAAUUUUUCAAGUACGAGAAUCAAAAAUAUCCACCUGCACUCUCACUGCACGGUGAAAUUCGUCCUGGAAAUAAAUCAGAUCUUCUGAGCAUCCUUGAAAAGCACACUUCAUUAUCUGAACAUCCAAUGCAGUGCCAAGGACUUAUAAUUGAUGGUGCAGGACUAGUUCACCUAUAUAAGCCCACUGGCACUUUCACGAACGUUUCCGAAUACUGUUCCAAACAGCUAGGUCCCAUCCUAACAAAAAUUGCCAACAGCGUCGAUGCUUUUAGAAUAGAUGUGGCCUGGGAUCUUUACUGCAACAUGAGUCUAAAAGCGACCACUCGAGAUCGAAGAGGUGCUGGAGUUCGCCAGAUAGAUAUUCCUGAAAAAGGCAGUGCCUGGUCUGCUUGGAAAGACCCAGAAAUUACUGCAGCUUUCAAGUGUUUGUCCUUCCCUCCCAGCAUCGACAAGCUGACCGACGCACACCUAAAAGCUCUAGAAAAGUUUACGAUUGAUAUGUACGAUUCACGCAGCGAAAUAACCGAUAUCAACGAGGCCCGUCGUAACCUAUUUGUCACUGGAGAGAAGUCUAUCUCAGUGAUUCCUCCUACCGCUGCUGCCCUUUUAGAGCAUAUAAAACGUGCUAAGUACCAAGCUGGAGAGAUAUGGGGACGUGCACUGGAGGGCUCUAUAUCUAGCCGACCAUUCCCAGAACAAUGGGGGUGGAAGAGGCGAGAAGAUGGUUCCCUUGAGCCAGUUUGGUCACACCUAAGUUCAGAGCUCAUCUCAAAAUCAGAGUCCUAUAUAGAAGUGGCUCAACAGUCCUCUACCAAAUUCUCCAAAUAUCUUGAGCACAAAGAAACUAGACUUUCUGGCACAGACCGAGGAUUUAUAGAGCUUCCUAGAUUCUCGUAUAUCAAUAUCAAUCCUGAAACCAUCAAAAUUAAAACACAAGCUUGA